UGGUGACCUUGGCAACACCGCAUAGAAAUAUCGCAUGUUGAAUAAUGUGUCAGGGAAAGUGUGACGAGUGUGAUAAUUGAGUGUCUUGUCUCAACAUCCGGAAUGAAGGUGUAUAUAUUAAUGACCCCCUUGGCGUCGAUCAGUCACAGAUCGCCGCUUAGUUGUGCUCGAACAGCUGACAAUCGAUCGGAGUAGCAUACAUCACACUGGAAGCGCAGCGUUUAAGGACUCAAGAUGGAACCAUUUGUUGUCGGCAUGCUUUACUUGAUCAUUGGAACAACGGGUGUCCUUAGCAACCUGGUCAUCCUUGUGACCUUCAUCAAUGGUAAUGUCAUCCCGUCCCCCAAACAUGUCCUCCACGCCCACUUUGCUGUAGCCAACAUUGGUGUCAUCGCUGGAUCGGCAUUUCCAUCACUUUCCAUCAUGAGCGGGAGGUGGCUAUUUGGUGAGAUCGGCUGCCAGGCCUACGGAUUUGAGGGAUUCCUCUUUGGUGUGUCUGCCAUUGGCUUUGUGGUGGCGCUAGGACUAGAGCGAUACCUGAUCAACACAAGGCCAGAUAAGUGUUCGUCCAUCACCACAAAACAGAUGCAUCUCUUUGCUAUGGUCGUCUGGGCACAGGGGUUGUUCUGGGCAACCAUGCCUCUGCUGGGAUGGAGCAGAUACACCAAGGAGCCUACUGGCACAUCUUGCACCAUAGACUGGACAGCAGCAGACGACAACCAUGUGUCCUACAUCACAUCCUUGACCACAUUUGGCUUUGGUGUCCCAGUCUUGGUAGUAGGACACUUCCUCCUGCAGUCAUACAAGACUCUGCGCUGCAAGUACAGUGACGCAGAGUCCAACAAGCAGGGAGAGAUGUCAGAGAUACAACUACUAAAGAUUGUGACCUUCAUUCUCCUGAUGACCCUGGUCAUGUGGUCGCCGUAUGCCUUCAACUGCAUGUACUCUGUGAUGAUUGGUGGAGACCAGAACCCUUCCCUCUUGAGGGUGGCAUUACCAGCACUCUGUGCCAAGGGUGGCACCACCUUCCUGCCACUGAUCUACCCAGCAGUCAGCUUGGAAUUCCGCCAGGGUCUCAAGAGACUUUUCGUAGCAGGAGCGAAGAGCUCGAAGAAGAAAUGAACAAAGAAAUGAUUGUGAUCCUUCUUGUGGCAUUUAUCUGA